AUGAAAAUCUGUAACUACAUCUUUGGCAAAGUAACAGAUCCGUAUAGCCACAUUGAGAAGAUAAAGGGAUUGUUGGAGUUGCCUGCUGGAAAGAUUAAGAGCACAUGGAGCGUCGAUUUUGUGCAGAGUUGUGUGCGCAGGUAUGAUGAGGAAGUGGCGAAGAAGAGUUACAAAAUUAAAUAUGAUGUUCAUACGUCGCUGCGGGAGGACUUCCUUCCCUGCGAGGGAAACACAAAUGAAGAGUUGCUCUUCAUUAACAGGUACAUAUACUUCGAACAUAACACUAACAAGAAUCUACUAGUGUGUAGGAAAAAAAUUAAAAGGAGAUUUGGGACCAAUACCUGUUUUCAUAAUAUUAACAAAUCGCUGCAUGAUUUGACGAGGGAAGGUUACAUCUCGAGGGACACCUCCGAAAUUGUUGCAGUACUCCCAACGAAUUGUGUGAUCAAAUUUUUUUCCACUAAACGGAAUCGCUUCUUUGCGUUUGUCGUGGAGCGUAGUGAUUGCUAUGUCAACUGGGGUUAUGUCUUUCGUGGGAGUUGCCUCGUUAGGGAUGCCAACUUGGAUCAUGUCGAUUGUGCAGCUACCUCCAGGGGGGGUUCUUCCCCUCGAGGAAGUGACAGACGAGGUCCAUUUAGGGGGAGACCUCCGGAAGGGGUUCGGUCGCGAGGAGUGCAGAGGCUUCCCCGCAACGAUGCCCAUCACUUCGCUCAUCAAUCGAAGCGUCCUCGUUAUCGCCUCCCUUAUCACCAGCUGCUCUACCAACGCAAGGGCGUGCAGAACAUCGUUUUUGUGAAGGCUAAACGUUCCACGCAUUUCUCGACUGCCAACUUCCUCACAAGCGACUUCCUCACAACCGAACUUGAUGAGAAGCACCGGUGCAGCGGGCUAUUCCUCAACUCGUGUGGUUGCACCCCCCCUCGAAAGCAGCUACUACUGUCCGAACCAAACGAGCAGAACUUUUUAAAUAUAUAUUCAAGUAAAGACAUGAAGAAGAUUUUCCUCUUGAGCGGAAACCACCAUACGAAUAAACUCUUUCUCAUUCACUUCAAAGACAAGUCCAGGAAACGGACUCCCCAUUAUGAGUUAAGGUUAAUCAACCUGGUAGGGAGGCCACUUCUACAAGGAAAGUACUUCCUUGAGCACUUUCGCAACCAUGUGAUAAUCAUAGGGAAUAAAGAGGACAAUUGCACAGAAGUGUAUACCCUCCAUUGUGAUGCGCUGCAUCUUGUACGUGAUGGACAACUUGCACGAGGUAGGAAGGGCCAAAAGGAAAAAAUUUUGUUCCCCACUCACUCGGUGCACAUAACGAAGGAGGAGAUACAUGUGGAUAGCCGCUUACGCAAAAUGUUAACUCUACAAAAUUGCACACUUCAAGAUUUUGAUGUGACCAAGUAUGGUCUUGUCCUCUACACCUAUCGUUACUUUUUGAAGCCGUUUAUUUGCGUCUUAUAUUUAUUUGUGAAGCGGAGGGGGAAGCGCUUUCCAAUGAUGUGUACCCCCAGUGGUGGUGAAGGGGAUGCUGCCGCCUCCACCAUUUGUUGUCCCCCCCCAGGAGGGAUUGCCGACUCGAAGCAAAACGCACAGGAGAACCGUUUGGUGGCCAAAAUGAAGGUUUUUUCUGUGCCCAUAAUAAAAGGAAGCAUGCAGUGCGGAUUGAACAACCUUUUCCACAGCCACCUCAUAAGUGUGUACAUUUGCAACCCGUUUGUGAGCAGCACCCGGGUGGUGAUCGACUUGAGAAGGGGGGUGGUAGCCCUUCCGAGGAACAUUCAACCGGGGGUGAAACGUAAGAAAGGGGACAAAAAGGGGGACUGUCCGACAAAGGAGGAACCAAACGGAUCCUUCUUCCGAGCGAAGAACAACAUCCAUUACGAUCUCCAACUUGAGGACUUAUUUGCAAAAAAUAAAAAGUACAAAAUUAAGGACCUGUUUAUUCGCACCGAGGAGGGAAGAGAGUUACCAAUCACGCUGAUCUAUAAACACAAAAAUAAUAGCAACCUGUGUGAUACUGAAAAAGAAUCUUACAAAAGUUUUUCCACACAUGUUGAAGAGGAGUAUGACUCGUUCACUUUAACCGCUAGGUCCUUUGGAGAUUUUUUUGUGCAUUUUUUUUCAUCACCAAAAUGGAGCAUAGACAUGGGGAUACAAGUGCAUGAACAUCUCCCUCUAUUCAUUAAACCAAGCAAAACAAUCAUUAACGUCUACCCCUUUUAUCGGCAACUCAAUCUUUGUACCUACUCGGAUGAGUCCCAUUUUUUCCUUUUGAAUAAUUUUAUUGUAGUUUAUUUUCACCUGACCUGUUCAGGCGGAUUGCUAGAGGGGACCCAAAAAAAAAACCCAUUGGACAAAAGCGCCACGCUUGAUAAAUUGACCACCAUUCGGGACCUCACAGAUUCUAUUAAUUGCUUGAAACAUUUAAAUGUUAGUGACACGGAAAGCAUGUCCAUGUAUUUGCACUCCAACAGUGGUCUCCUUGGGGGGUUCCUGCUAAAUGGGCAGAAAAAGUUUCUUCAAAAUAUUAUUUUAAUUAACCCCAUGAUGGACCUUUUUAAUAAUCUCACCGAUGAGAACAAGCCGCACGUACAUUCGGAGAGACUCGAGUUUGGUCACAUCGACCCUGAAGCUUUUCUACUAAAAGGUGAUGGACGAGCCACCCUCCCCCAGAGUGGCGCAUGCCAAAACAACUUGCUCCUACUCUACGCACUGUGCCCGUACAAUAAUGUAGAGCCAACCUACAGCGAAGUCUUCUCCUCCCAAGACCAAUCCGAUCAGAGGAUCCCAUUCAAACUUAGCGUAACACACCACAAGGAUAAAUUAUUUAGGAGUUCUGUUCUGCUCUACCUAAACAAGUACGACAUGAUAUGCCCAAAUGUUAAUUCGGUGAAAUAUUUUUUAAAAUACACUCAUUAUCGGAGGGUGCAUGUGAGGUUCUGUUACUACUCCUUUGGCUUUGACUGUGUGGGAGGGAGGGUCAACUUGCUCAACUUCCUCAAUUUCCACAACUUCCACAGUGGGGACGUGCAGCAGCUGCAGAAGAAGAAGCCCUUGUACAUUUCCUUCUCCGAGCACGGGGGGCAUGGCGGGUUCGCCGACUACGACUCACUGCUGCGCCGGCCGCUCGGCCGCAUCCAUUUUCACCUGGUUGGGCAGCGGUGUGCAGAGGAUCCUGCGGAAAUGGCGAACGAGUGA